GACGAUGCCUAUAGGGACUUCUGCGCGGUUACGUUAGCCGGCACGCGCCACAAUGGUGAAAGAUAAUGUUACUUGGUGCGCAUCGAGCUGUGAACCGAAAGUCUGGUGUUUACAUGCGAAAUCGACUUCGCAUCCCAGUCCGUGUUUGGCUGCCAUAAGCCACGCUUGUCGUGAUAUUCACAGUGACAAUUUUUUCUCUUAAAUAACCAUUGAAACUACCCUUCAAAACAGUUGCAGUUCUAUCUUGUUUGAAACUCUUUGGACCGAGUGGUAAAAGAAUAUGCAAGGUGCAACCAUUGUAAGAAAGAAUUACUCUUGCUUGAGCAUGCUACAAUGAGCUCAGAAGAAACAGAGGAAUGGAUUCCAAAGUUGGAACUAAAAUCAUAUGGAUCUUACUCGUGACGUUAGCUGGAGCAUACGGACAAACUUCUCUUUGUCCUUCGCCUGAGUUAAUAUUGCCUUGUAUUUGUACUAAUCGCAACGAAGAUAUUCAAAUAUGGUGCACGCACAGCGAUUUGCCUCAAGUAUUAAAAGGCAUUCAGAAGAUAGGAGAUUUUAUCAGGAAACCUAUCGAUGAACUGAUAAUAGAAAACAAUUAUCUCCCAUCGCUACCAGGGAAGAUAUUCCAAAAUGUAAAAAUUCUUAGACUUAUGCUGAGGCAUAACGGCAUAGAAAGAUUAUCCGCAGCGUGGUUGGAGACACAGGAAAUGAAUCUGGUGGAGAUAUUUAUUGUAGAGAAUGACUUAAGGAACCUCCCGGCAGAAAGCUUGAUGAAAUUACAAAAUGUUCAAGCCAUAACAAUUCAGUCGCAAAACUUAAAAAGAAUACCUGCCCUUGUGAAUAUGCCGAAAUUGCGCUAUAUCAAUAUAUACUCAGAAAGCUUAACCAUUGUUGGUGAACAUACAUUUGACAACCUACCGAGUUUAGAGAGGCUCUUCAUACGAGGUAGUAAAAACCUCCGUGUUCUGAUGGAAAACGCAUUUUACAAUUUACCAAAACUGAGAAAAUUAGAGAUAACUCAUUGUGGCAUCAACGCAAUACAUAUGAGAGCCCUAUCAUUACUGCCAGUACUUACUGAACUGUCUCUAAGUAAUAAUCAAAUUUCUGACGCAACCAUGGUCGGUAGAGCGACAAGGGAUCUCUCACUUUUAUCAAAUCUAAAUUUGAAUUUUAAUUCAAUAGACAAAUUAAACGAAGGCGCAUUUGUAGAUCAGCCUAUGUUAGAAAUUCUUUUAUUAUCAAACAACAAUAUAAAUAUUAUUCAUCAUGGAGCAUUUCAUAGAGUUCCUAAACUGAGAGUUGUAGAUUUAAAUUAUAACAGGAUAAGCCAGAUACAUCCAGAAUCAUUUCUACAACAGUCAGGUAGUGGAGUAGAAGAACUGAAUCUAAUUGGAAAUCAAAUAAUGCACAUAUCAGAGUUCCGUGCUUUGCUUGAUGCGCUGCCUAGGCUGAAAUUUUUGGACAUGAGUGAUAACUUGCUCCAAAAAAUACCACGAGGUGCAUUAAGAGGUCAUCCGAGUUUAGAGAGAUUGCAUUUAAACAAAAACAGUAUUAAAUACAUUCAAACCGAUGCGUUUGUAGCGAUGCCAGCACUCAGGGAAUUACAUCUAAGCAACAAUUCGCUAACCGAUAUGAAUGAAGGACCCUUUUGGAAUUUGCCAGCUUUAAAGGGCUUGGAUCUUUCUAACAAUUACUUUCAACGCCUACAACCGAAAAUGUUGUACAAUCUACCAGCGUUAAGACGUAUAAACUUCAGCAAUAAUCAGCUGACGAUUAUAGAUCCUAUAACAUUUAUAGAGACGCCUUUAUUGGAGUACGUGAAUGUUUCUGGGAAUGCAUUAGUGUCCAUCCAUCCAGCUACUUUUAGAAAUUUACCAAAUUUGUAUGAAAUGGAUGCCAGCUCCAACAGAAUAAUAGAAUUUGUUCCUGGAUUACCGAGAGGCUUGGAGCAAUUGUAUUUACAGAAAAACCAAAUCACGAGUCUGCCUGUUGCCCCGUCGCCAGAUUUAGAUUUACCAGCAUUAAGAACUUUAGAUAUUUCUAAUAACGGAAUUCAAAAGAUUCCACAUGGAUGUAUGAAGAGUCUACACCAUUUGAGAAGGCUAUACAUGAGACGCAAUGGUUUGAGACAAGUCGACAUCUCAACAUUCAGUGAUUUGGAAAGAUUAGAAAUAUUAGAUGUAAGCGACAAUCAAAUUAUAUCAGUACAUCCUAAAAGUUUCAGUAAAAUGAUUUAUUUGAAGCAAGUCAACUUACAUGGGAACACUAUUGAAAAUUUUGAUUUCAUGGCUAUACAAGAAAAUGCGGCCUUAUCGGCUAUAGAUUUCAGUAAAAACAGAUUAAAAAGUUUAAGUCCGAACAUGGUCAAUAGAGCUUUAGAAGUGGAGGUUUUAAACAUAUCAUCAAAUAGUUUGAAUGAAUUACCUUUUACAUUGAAUAUGUUACCGAAACUUAAAAUUUUGGAUGCAAGUUUUAAUCACAUAAAAUAUUUUGAUGGUAAUACGAUAAAUAAUAUUCAUACACUGACAGAGAUAAAAUUUCCAAAUAACAAAAUUGUGGAAUUACGCGCUGGAAGUUUUCAAGAUCUACGAGAUCUUCAAACUAUUGAUUUGGAUAGAAACCAAAUUGAGAUAAUUCAUCCAAAAGCAAUCGCAAAUCUUCCAAGUUUAGUUUCUGUGUAUUUGAGCAGGAAUCAUAUCAUAGAUUUACCUGAUAAUGUAUUUUCAAAUUUACCGAAGUUGAGAAUAAUCGAACUUCAAGGCAACAGACUGCAGUUUAUAUCACCCAGAGCAUUUGAAAAUAUACCGUUGGUCCAGUAUUUGAAUAUGAGUAAUAAUCAAUUGACGAACAUUGAUAAUUCAGGUUUGAGACAACUAACUUCACUAGAAGUUUUAGAUCUAAGUUUCAAUAAACUAACUAAAAUAACAAGAGCUUCGUUUCAAUAUAUGGAAUGGUUGGUUGAGCUCAAUCUUGACAACAAUCAGAUAUGCUACAUCAGUGGUCAACCAUUUGAUUUCAUGCCGAGACUCAAAGUUCUCUCGCUUCGACGGAAUAAACUGAGUACCGUGACAGAACCUACUUUUGCAAAAUUAAGGAACAAUAUUGCUAUUUUGGAUAUAGAUGGUAAUCCACUUAUCUGCAACUGCGUAAUUAUUUGGUUAAAAGCAUGGCUGUCUGAGUCGACCACAGUUGGACCAAAGUGCGCAGACGGAACUUAUGUGAAGGCAAUGCCAUUUUCUCGAAACGAUUGCAUGAACAUAGCAGUGCAAGAAGAAGACUUCCGAUCAUGUAUGACUCAUGAAAAUGAAGCACUACUUCCAAACUUAGCUACAUCUCAGGUGUUCUCAUCAUUAGACAAAAUAAAAGACUAUACGACACAAAUAAAAAAUAAUUAUCACAUAAACAAAAUCAACAACAGACCUUCACCAGAAGAAUCAGACUAUUUUUAUGACGAGUAUGUUGAUUAUCCUUACAACGAGACCUUGAUUAAUGGUCUGAACAACGAUAUAAAUGCUGUGCAUAGCAAUAAUAAAUCCCACGAGAGUCAGGGCGUGCCGACACUUUAUGCAGGUAUGAAGAACGCGACCCAACAAAAAACAGCGAACACAAAACCUAAUAGUGGAUUUACUUUCUUUGGGAUGCCACUUCCUGCAAUAGAUAUGGGAAAAUUGUUGAACAGUGGUCGCAAAGUGGAUUGGUCAGAUAAAGCUACUCAACAUAGCAAUAAAUAUCAAAAUCAAGAACCACCGAAAUUUGAAACUGGUGGAUUCUCUCCAAUACUUCCUACAACAGCUGGAGGUUUCAAGCCAAUACUGAAUCCUGCUGUUAAUGUUACUCAAACGACCGUCACUCAUACUGGACCUAAUUAUAAUAAAAAAGGAAGUAUAGAGGAGACAGUCACAGCAGUGUCAUCAAAACCGCCAACUACUAAAUCUCAUAACAGCACCACACAUCAGAAAAUCAAGAGUGAGAUUCAUGAACUACAAGCUUAUCUUGAUGAUGACAACAGUACUCAUGUAGCUUAUAAUAGAACCAAAAAUGUUGAAGAACACAAAAUAGAUCCAACUAAUUUAAGCAAAUACAAUUUAAUGGAAUCAAACCUGACUAUAACUCAAGUUACUGAAAAAGAGGGUAUAUUAAUUACUACAGACACAACAAAUGAUAUGUCUCUUCAAGCAUGGAUGGAAUCAAGUAGUCAAUCUUACUCUUCUACACCAGUUACAUCUAAGCCAGUAAUAAAAAAGCACAUUGAAAAUGAUCAACCCACAGCAUUAUCUGCUAUUCUUGUUCCUAGUAAUGAAGAAAUAGCAAAAAGAAAUUAUUCCACAAACACAAAUCACAAAAGAGCUGGCACAAUAACAAAAGUAAACAUGCCUUAUGUAGCUCCUUUUGAGCAUGAUCAUUAUGCUCCUGUCAUAAAUAGAGAAGGAAAGACAAGAUUUUCGGAGAGUACAAACACAGGCAGCAACAAACCUAGACAAAUUAAUGAUAAAGACUGGUAUUAUAAAAAUUAUAACAAUUCAAAUUUAGAACCCUAUGUAGCUCCUGGUGUACAUAGUUCAAAGGGUGAUAGAACUUCUCAGAAAAUUGUUCCAUUUUUGUUUGUAAUUGUAUGUUGCAUAUUGAAUAUAAUUUAAUUGCACAAUAUAAAAAUUUUGACUGUUCUGUAUGCAUUUGUUUAUUAUUGAAUAAAAAAUAACAUUAGUUUAUAGAUAAGCAUUAAAAAAUAAUUAAAGAUUUU